AGAUGGCUCCUUCUCCUGCCAAACGCAAAGACCGCUCUGACGAGAAGUCCAAGGAUCGCUCUAAAGAUAAGGGGGCCACCAAGGAGUCAAGCGAGAAGGAUCGUGGCAGGGAUAAAACUCGAAAGAGGCGCAGCGCUUCCAGUGGUAGCAGCAGCGCCAGGUCGCGGUCCAGCUCUGCCUCCAGCAGCGGCUCCAGCUCAUCUUCAGCAUCGAGCCGCUCAGGAAGUUCCAGCACAUUCCGCAGCUCCAGCUCCAGCAGCUCCUCUGGCUCUCCGAGUCCUUCUCGGCGCAGGCAUGACAACAGGCGGCGUUCCCGCUCCAAAUCCAAACCACCCAAAAGAGAUGAAAAGGAAAGGAAAAGGCGGAGCCCUUCCCCUAAACCCACCAAAGUGCACAUUGGAAGGCUCACCAGGAAUGUGACCAAGGAUCAUAUCAUGGAGAUAUUCUCCACCUAUGGGAAAAUUAAAAUGAUUGACAUGCCUGUAGAAAGGAUGCACCCCCAUCUGGCUAAAGGCUAUGCAUAUGUGGAGUUUGAGAAUCCAGAUGAGGCCGAGAAGGCGCUGAAGCACAUGGACGGAGGACAAAUCGAUGGCCAGGAGAUCACUGCCACUGCUGUGCUGGCCCCCUGGCCUCGGCCACCCCCCAGGCGAUUCAGCCCUCCCAGGAGAAUGCUGCCACUGCCUCCCAUGUGGCGCAGGUCACCCCCACGGAUGAGGAGAAGGUCACGUCCCCCUCGGCGCAGGUCCCCCUUGCGCCGGCGAUCCCGCUCCCCUGGCUGCCGCCGCCACAGGAGCCGCUCCAGCUCCAACUCCUCCCGAUAAGCAGGGCCACCGAAGCUCUGCCCUGUGACUUGUAUCCCAUCCAACUCACUUUUGUCACUUUCCUAGCAGAAGGAGGAUCGGUAGGAAAGAAAUCCCUCACUCAGGGGCAGGCUUCGAAGGUGAAGGCAGUUAAUUGCUACAUUUCCCCUGGCGGCAGAGUUCCGGCUGCAGGAGUGUUGUUGGUUUGCGGUCGUGCUUAUAAAGAUGCCCUCCAGUUUUCUGGCUAGAAAGCUUCCACAUUUCUAGUUCCUAAGAGUCAGUUUAGUGGCAAAGCCAGCAGGGAUGAGCAGGGGGCUCCAGGCAGUGGUACAGCCCCAGCCUGGGAGCACGUUUUCCCAUUUCACAGAUGCCAUGGGGCCCAUCUGGUGGGCUGGUCGUGCUCUAACCUGUUGGCCUGCAGGGUCCCACAGGAAAGGGUGUGCUUUUACGCAGCUGCCAUUCCUGUUAGCCUGGCCCUGCUCCCCUGCUCGAGUCCUCUUCUGACCUCUAGGGCCAAAUACCCAAAAUGGUUCUUUUCACGUGUACUCAUGUGCGUGCACACACACAGACACACAAACCCACAAACCCACAUCUCCCUUUCUCUCUGAAACUGGUAAGUUGAGAGCCAGCUCUGUCGGGUCAUCACAGAACCCCCCGUUGUGUUGGUAUUCAUGGUGGUUGUGCAGGUUACCUUGGCAACGUGUACAUUGCUUUUUUGGCUUUUAUUGUACAGUCAGUACUAUACAUUUUCUGUUUUGAGUUUUGUAACUUUGUAGCAUUUUAGAUAAUAUUGUGUUUGUACUUUGUUGUGUAGAGAAAAGAAUUGUGUUGAAUAAACCUAGGAUUAGAGU